AAGGUACAAACUUCGUACAGACAAGUGCCCGUAGUCAGGAUCGAACCUGGGUCUCUGGUGCUGUAAGGCAGCAGGUCUACUGGACUGCCCAGUUGUUUUUAUCAAUGGGGAACAACAUCAGAUAUGCAUUGAUUCACAAUAUGUGUUGCAUAAUGUGACACUUUUUUUUACUAUGACUGGUCACAUAUAAUGUGAGUUUACUUACAUUACUAUUAAAACACAAAGUACUUGUGCUAUAACACCAGGACAAGCACUCAACCAAGAAAACCAAGCCCAAGCCCAAAGCCAAAAUAGUAACACAACUGCAUACAGACACUUAAGCGAUAGGACAUUAACUAACUCCAUAUACAAUGGGAAGCUAUCUACACGUUAACAAGCAUAUACAAACUAAUUGUGCAGAUGCCAGUAUAUCAUUGGAGUUACACAGAAUGUAGUUUCACAGUUAGAUACUUUAGUAGGUGCAAUAAGUUCCAAAUUUCAUAGGUGAAGCCUCAGAUACUUGUUUUACUCAUACACUGUAUUUAAAAUAAUAUAUGAAAGAUCCAAUCUUAAACGUGUCAUGAUAAAAAAAAAUACUGCUGUAAAAUAUAUUAUGUUUAAUAUUAUUUGCUGUGAGCUUUUUAGUACCUCUUAGCUUCAGGUAACUAACUUUGAAUAAUGCCUUAUCUUAACCCCCACGUCUAAUGUUUCAGCUGAUAUAUAAUCAACCAGAAAAUAUAAUAAUUAUAGGCCGUUUUAUAAACGGUGCCGCCUUUUUCAUUAGUUUGGUUCAAAAACAAGUCUCAGCUGCUUUGUUUUUCCAUUGCCGAUCCCCUGGGAAACCAAAGGUAACCCUGUGCAAACAUUAAAAUCACAAUCCUAUUUGCAGAUGCAUGUAGCUCGGUAAGCAUGGUGGUGCAUCCUAUUUAACAUCACCCAUCAAGGAGUUAUCCAUUCAAUUUUUUUCAACAAAUUAAUUCUGAAGAUUCACUUAACUCGGCUCUUGACAACUUCACAGCAACAAAACAUCCAAAUGGCCUUUACUGGGAAGUAUGAAUUGGAGAGUCAGGAAAACUUUGACCAACUCAUGAAAGCUCUGGGAUUCUCAGAUGAUAUCAUUAAGAAAUAUAAAGACAUAACCAGCGUCAUCGAGUUUGUCCAAAAUGGCAAUUCCUUUCAAUGCAUUUACCACUUUGGUAACCGAGUCGUUAAAAACAAUUUCACCAUUGGACAAGAGUGUGAAUUUGUAUCAUUCACAGGGCACAAGGUCAAGGCUUUGGCAAAGAUGGAAGGUGAGAAUAAGCUGGUUGUCACAAUGCAGGGAUUGACUGCAGUCAUGGAACUGCGUGGAGACAGAAUAAUUGAAACUAUCACUAAUGGAGAAGUUGCCUUCAAGAAAAUUAGCAAAAGAAUUUAAAAGACAGGAGCCGCAUCAAAAGUAAAUGAAGUCAGAACCGCACUCUGUUAAUGAAAUGAAAGCAAUCAUUUUUAGAUUCAAAGACACAGAUGGAUUUUUAUUUAGUUAGUUCCGUAAGAAAAUAUUUUUUAAAAACUCUCUGUCCACGUUAAGUGCAUAACAAAAUAUGUCAGACUAUCAAAGUUUCAAGUCUCUCAUUUGCUAAUCAAUUUUAACAGUGCCUAGAAGGAAAAAAUGACCCAUAGAAUUAUUUGAUUUGUGUAAACUGAAUGAUGAUGAUUGCCUUAAAGCAAAUUUGCAACACAUUUAGCCAGAUGCCCAAUUUUUAUAGAAAAAUCAAGUUCUGUAAUAAAAACAGUUAUUGAUGUGAAAUUUCAGUGCUAUAAAGAUGUUGCUAAA